AUGGAAGUCGCCACAAACACAGCUGGCACGUUUGAGGCAGCGCCGUGGAGAGAUGACGAUGUCCUGCGCUAUGACCAUGGUGAUUUCGCGGAGCUUGAGGCGCACUUGAACUCCCAACCCACUUGGGUGCGUGAUGCUGUUCGAAAUCUUCUACACGAGGAGAUGGCCCACUCUCUCUCCAACAUCCAUGGGCAAGUUGCAGAGUAUCGCGACACGAUUUCGAAACUGUUGGAGAUUCACCGUUCGGAGGAUGCAGCUUGUCUGCGGCACUUGCUGAAAGAUAUCCCCAUCAGCAGCAUGAAGGCCUUGGACAACAGUGCUUCUGCAGUCGAGAAAGAAAUAGCUCUGCUGCGGGACUUCGCUCGAAAGUGUGACCUUAAAAGCUUGGAGGGCCUUGCCCGGCGGAUCGCCAUCAGGGCUGGCAGUUUCAAGAAGAAGUUCGCCGAGCUGCGACCGAAGCUUGAGAGGCUUACUGCAGAGGUAGAGAAGAUUCAGCAGAAAUGCGAGGCGAACGCCGAGCAAUCGCAGAGGCUUCUGCAGCAAACGGAGCGAAGGCGUGAUUGGUGGUUCCAGCUUUUCGAUCUGAUUGGGAAGACCAUGGCCUUGGGAAGCGGAGCUGUCUUGGCGGGCUCUGUGGGCUCACUGUGCUACUAUGGCUAUCUCUACCAAAGCAAGGCGGCAGCCAUGGGAGCCGCCAAGACGGCCUAUGCAGCUGCCAAGAAGCUCUUGACUGAGAAAGCAGCUACCGCACAGGCGGCGGCAACAGAAGCGAGCGCCGCGAAGGCCACUGCUGCGGCAAAAGCUGCAGACUUGCAAGCUGCAAACCAUGCACUUCAGGGUGCCACUGGCACGGAAGUCGCCACAACUGGCGCCAGCACCCAUGUUGGGCCCGAAGCUGUUCUAGCAAGCCUAGGGGUGGGAGCAGCAAUAGACAUCUUCCUCUUGCACGGAGUGUAUGCGGCACACGUUGCAUCGGAAGCGGCCUAUGCAGCUGCCUCGGCAGCAUCUAGUUCCUAUGCCGCAGCCCAAGCGGCCAUGGCCACAGCUUCCUCAUCCGUUGCACUGGCCACAGCAAACAUCGAACCGCUCCAGGCGGCAAUGGGCGCUCUGUCGAUGUCGAUGUGGGCAGUGGCACCUCUUGCAGUGGCAUCGGGUGUGAUCUUGGCUCUCUGCAUGCUCGGUUAUGCCGGCAGGGACGUGCUGAAGCGCAUGCUUGGGAAGAUCUGGGCCGAUGAGAUCAGGGAUCACGAGGCUUUAAGCACAUGGCAGGGGUGCUGA